AGUAAUCCUUGGCUGUUAAUGAUGAAACAACUCUGCACAAAGUUACUUUUGCAUCACAGUUCUUAGAUGAAACCCAAGCACUUGCGUUGUAUAUAUAUAUAUAAAAAAAUUGUGGAGUGAUACGGUCUUGACUAGUCAGCUUACAUGUGUAAAUCAGUACGUUACUGCGUUAGCCACUGCCUCUACGCAGCAAUGACAAGACUGGAAGAAGCAAACCGAGAAGUGAGCAUGCAUUCUUCUGUCCGGUAUUUGGGCUAUUUAGCCCGAAUGAAUUUACUGGUCGCAAUAUGCAUGGGCCUUUAUGUCAGAUGGGAGAAGAAUGCAGACGCAUUAAUACUCGUGAUUUUUAUCCUGGCUCUUUUUGUUCUUGGAAUUGCCAGUAUACUUUAUUACUAUUUUUCCAUGGAAACAGCGAGUUUAAGUCUUUCUAAUCUUUGGUUUGGAUUUUUACUUGGCCUUCUCUGUUUUCUUGAUAAUGAUGCUUUUAAAAAGGAUGUGAAAGAAGAAGCAACCCAAUACUUGCUCCUUUCCUCAAUCAUUAUAAGGGUAUUGCAUGCUUUAGUGCAGAGGAUAUGUGGCUGUAUCCAUCAUCGACCCACUCUGCUAACGACUGUUGAGUUCCUGGAACUGGUUGGAUUUGCAAUUGCCAGCACAACUAUGCUGGUACAAAAAUCCAUGAGUAUUAUUUUGUUGGUUGUGGCUUUAGCAAUGCUCAUUAUUGAUUUGCGGAUGAAGUCUUUCCUUGCCAUUCCAAAUUUGGCAAUCUUCGGCAUCCUGGCCUCGGUAUUGUUUUUUCCUUCCCUAGCAAUACCCACAAAUCCAUUUGCCUUGGGAUGCUUUUUUAGCUGUCUGAUCACAGACCCUCUUCUUGACGUGUACUUCAGUGGACUUUCAGUUACAGAACGUUGGAAACCCUAUUUGUUUCGUGGAAGAGCCUGUCGAAGAUUUUCAGUCAUCUUUGUUGGACUUAUUGAACUUAUUUCUUUCAUACUAUCAGCCUUCAAGCUUGGUGAUUUGGAUCUUUGGUAUUUUGUGAUACCGGGAUUUUCUAUUUUUGGAAUUUUCUGGAUGGUCUGCCAUAUCAUUUUUCUUAUAACUCUUUGGGGAUUUCAUACAAAAUUGAAUGAAUGUCAUAAAAUCUACUAUACGCACAGGGCGGAGAACAACAGCCUUGAUAGAGUCAUGGCAUCUAAAGGAAUGCGUCAUUUUUGUUUAAUUUCUGAGCAACUUGUAUUUUUCAGCCUUCUUGCAACAGCAAUUCUGGGUGCUGUAUGUUGGCAGAAAUCCAAUGGAAUCUUCAUGAGUGUGUUUCUGAUUGUCUUACCUCUUGAAUCCAUGGCUCAUGGGUUAUUUCAUGAACUGGGAAACUGUUUGGGAGGAACAUGUGUAGGGUAUGCAGUCGUGAUUCCUACCAAUUUCUGCAGUCCUGAUGGUCAACCAACCCUUCUUCCACCUGAGCACGUACAAGAGCUAAACUUACGAUCAACAGGCAUGCUUAAUGACAUUCAAAGAUUCUUUGCAUAUCAUAUGAUUGAAACUUAUGGCUGUGACUAUUCUACAAGUGGACUUUCUUUCGAUACCCUUCAUUCCAAGCUGAAAUCUUUUCUUGAAGUUCGGACGCCUGAUGGACCCAGACAUGACACCUAUGUUCUGUACUACAGUGGCCAUACUCAUGGCACUGGGGAAUGGGCACUAGCAGGUGGCGAUGCAUUACGGCUGGAUACACUUUUAGAAUGGUGGAGAGAGAAGAAUGGCUCUUUUUGUUCACGGCUUAUUAUAGUCUUAGACUGUGAGAAUUCUCAGCCUUGGGUUAAAGAAGUAAGAAAAGUCAAUGACCAGUAUAUUGCAGUACAAGGAGCAGAGCUGUCCAAAGUGGUGGACAUUGAUGAAGCAGACCCUCCACGCCUUGGCGACUUCACUAGAGAAUGGGUGGAAUACAAUUGUAACCCUGACAAUGACAUCAUUUGGUUUGAAAAGGGCCGAACUGUCAAAGCCAUGUAUGGAGUGUCAAAACGAUGGAGUGACUAUACUUUACACUUGCCAACAGAAAGUGAUGUUGCCAAACACUGGAUGAUGUAUUUUCCCCGUGUCACCUAUCCUCUAAUUCAUCUGGCAAACUGGUUCUGUGGUCUUAACCUUUUUUGGAUCUGCAAGGCUUGUUUUAGGUGUUUGAAAAGGUUAAAAAUGAGUUGGUUCCUUCCUACAGUAUUGGACACAGGACAGGGCUUCAAACUUGUCAGAUCUUAAAUUAAGCACCAAAGAUGAGCAGGAGCUCUUAACAUUUUAACAUAUGACUGACUUGUAAUAGUUUAUGCUGUUGAAGGAAUUUUGCUGCUUUUCAUAGCAGCAUCUCUUUUGUUCAUUACCUUGAACAAUAGUAUAUGCAAAGGGUUAAAUUCCAUUAGGAAACCAAGAACAGCAUUGGCAUUAGGUGAAUUGUGUUCCUGUGUUUGAUUUGAAUUCUGUAAAAGCCAUUAAGUAUGACCAUGUUUCAGAGAUGAGUUUGUAUGUUCGUAUACAUUAGAGCUGACUGAGGGCUAAAUAGGCAAAUUCCUUUUUUCUCCCUUCUUUGUGUUAUGAACUUUUUAUGUGGCAGGUGUAUCCCAUGCAAAAAUAAUUUCUACUUCUGGAUCACUCUGGUAUUACCAUACUUUGCACUGAUGGGUUUCAAGGACCCAUAAAUCAAAACACAGUAGCUAAGAAUAAUGGCAGAUAUAUAUCAUCAAGGUAUUAGCACUCCAGUUUCGUUGUUUUAAGGGAAUGGAAAUAUCACAGUGCUUAUUGGAACUUCCAUGUGCAUGUGUUUUUAACUACAACUUUAUGACCCUAAUCCUAGAUGUACAUACUGGGGAGUCAGUGCUAUUAGCAGAAUUUAUUUCAUGGUAGGUGUAAUUAGGACUGCAACUACAGUGAGUUAGUUCUGGAAACGAUAGCCAAUUCCUGAUCACCUGUAGCAGUAUCAGAGUACCCAAUGGUCCAACUUUGGUAGACGAACUAUUGAAUUUGGUGUUGUGAAAGG